AUGUCGACAAUUUGUGACGCUCUUCUGUCAGAUUCUGAAGACGACGAAGUUGAAGAAGAGCCAACGACUUCAAAAGACGUUGAAGAAGAAGAAAAUGUACAUUUUUCGAGGCUCAAUGUUUCUAAAAAAUGAAGUUUUUCAGGAAGAUGAAGCUGAGACAAGCAGUGAAGAAGAGGAGGAAGAAGGGGCUGAAUUUGAAGAAUCCGAAAAGCCUGAACAGGUGAGGUAGUUGCUAUGAAAAUGGUUUUUCCUGUAAUUUCCGGCAUUUUGAGCGUUAUUUCCAGAAAUUCAGAUUUUUUCUAUCCUUUUGAGGCGUUUUUAAGAUUCAAUUUAUGUAUAUUUUAACCGUUAAAUUUAUUUUUGUUCUUCAAUAAGCUGAAAUAAGAUUUGGAUGCUGAUUUCGGUGCCUUCAAAGCUAUCAAGCGUAUUUUGAAUUUUUUAAAGUCUUGGAAAUCAUUUUAACUUUUUUUUGGAUUCAUGUCGAAGCUGUGAUUCCAGUUUUCAAUCGACAAAAACUACGGAUUUUGUAGCUUUUUCAUUUUUUUUUUUCUAAGUCAAUAUGUCUUUUGAACAUUUUUUUCUAAACUUAUAUAUUCUAGAUGUUUGGAGUUUUUUUGAAUUGAAAUUUAAGCGUUUCCUUAGACAUUUUUUUAAUUACUUUUUUUCAAUGUUUUUUUCAUCGUUUCAAUCGAUAUUUCUUCCAGAUCUCCUCCGAAACAAUGACAAAACAAACUUUCGCGUCACUCGGCGUUCAUUCUUGGCUCACAGAUCAACUCAACAUUCUACAACUCAAAACGGCGACUCCAGUUCAGGUUUUUAAUUUUUUUCCAUUACAUAAUUUCAUCACGACCAAGGAACAUAACAUUAUUAUAAAAUUGAGUAUUCAAAAAAAUGUUAAUUCUUAUUUUUAGCUGUUUUUAUGAUAUUUUUUUCGUGCCCAUCGUGCUUGUGGUGCAGAAGAAAUGCAGGAAAAUCAAAAAAAAAGCCUAUAAUUUUCUUUUUUGAACAAUAUACUUGCUGACGGGAAGAUAGAUCUAAAAGACACUCAUUGACAAAUUAUUCAGGUUUUUUCAAAUUUACUCCCCGGUAGGCACCAAAAAAUCUCGAUAUUUCUUAUUUGAACGCAACUUUUCAAUGUUUCGAAACACUCAGUUGCUCAAAAAUGUCCCGAAAAAAACCUCUCGCCAUCGAAAAAAGGGUCCUGAAACGAUAAGAAAACAGACAGGGAAUGUUUGGUGGAGAGCCCAGGCGGCCAAAUAUCUUUGAGUCCCAAGAUAACCGUGAAUCGGCUAUACACAGACAAAGUCAAAACGAUCUCAAAAAAGGCUUUAAAAAGAGCCAAAAGAUUCUUUUUGAGUUCCUAAAAAGGUGGCAAAAGUUUCUCGAACUCUCCAUUUUUCUACCUCUUUUCCGCCUUAUUUUUUUACACAUCCUCAAAAGGUCCUUUUAAAGAAAAAGGUCCAGAAAAAAAAGGCGCCUUUGAGGCCUUUGAAAGGCUUUUUUCCUUUUUGAGACCUCUUGGACUUUUGUGUUUAUUCAUAAAGAUAAAUCGAAAAAUUUCGACUUUUCAGGCAGCUUGUAUACCGAAAGUUCUAGCGGACUGUGACGUUUUGGGUUGUGCGAGAACGGGUACUGGAAAAACGUUGGCUUUCGCUCUUCCCAUACUUCAGAAGGUAAGAAAACAUUAAUUAUCGUGCCAUUUUCAAUCAUUUACCUGGUAAAAUUAAUUCAGAAGCCAAAUUUUCUGAUGAAAUAUGUAUUCUUGUUAUUUUUCAUACAAAUUAUAAUGCGGCGUUGGAAGCGAUUCCGCAAAGUUCAAAAUAGUCAAAAAUCGAGAAAUAGAACUAAAUUUUGGAGAGUCAGAGAUAGUUUUGAAUCUCGUGGCCCAUUGGGCGCGCUUGCUAUUUUUUUCGCUUUUUUUGAAAAAAAUUUGGCAUUUGAGUUCUAGUUAUUAUUUUUUUAGAAUAUUAAUAUUGUAGAAGUUUAUUACAUUGAUUCCUGUAUGAAUAACAGCUAGAAAAUGAUUUUAUUCAUAAUAAACAAUCAAUUUCGCUUUUUGCGCGUCGCUUUAUGUGUAUCGUGUGCACUGCGGACUAAACAUUUUAUUCUCCGCCGAUAUGGUUAGCAUGGCGUUGAUUUUGUGUGGUGAAAAAAAUGUGGGGGAAAAUUGGAAAUGAAUGAUUUAUCUUCAGUUGGCCGUGGAUCCAUAUGGCGUUUUUGGAUUGGUUCUAACACCGACCCGUGAAUUAGCCUAUCAAAUCGCCGAUCAAUUUAUCGCUUUGGGUAAACCGAUUUCUCUGAAAUGUUCGGUUGUCGUUGGAGGCAGGAGUUUGGUAAGUUGCUAGUAGGAAAAUUCAAAAAAAAAAAAGUGCUCUUUUUCCAUUUCUUAUUCAUAGGAUCUCUAGAGUGGUCCCUGUAAAUGCUAUUUUUGGGGCCCUUGAAGGUUCCCCUCCAGGGUAAAAUUACCUCUUAGGGAGCGCCUUUAGUUCUCGAAAAGACCACGUCGCCCUAUAGUGACUACCUCAAUUGUAACACUUAAGGGAGCUGUAUUUUGUCCCCUAACCCCUCUAGGGACCACUCUGGAGUUCUUAAGUUUGGUUUGAACAUAUCUUGAUGUAUACUCGGAGAUUGGUAACGCAAAUCGGACUGUUGGGGCACUUCUAGUGAUCCCUUUAGUAGCGUCAGAACUCUUAAGUGAUCCCUAGAAUUGCGCGAAAACGUCCGGAACAUGUCCGGUUUUCAUUAUCGAGGCCUGAGUACCAGUUAGAUUGGUCUGCGCUCUCCGUCAUCUGAACACUGUCUAUAUUAUUUAUCGUGUCAGGACCCUUUUCUAGAUUAUUCGAGCCAGAAUUGACUAUAAAUGUUCAAAUAAGAGAAAACGUAAACUUUUCUCCGAUUUUUGUGGUUUUUUUUCCGUAUACGAACCACUAAAGUUCUGUAUAAUUUUUAUCUGGAAAUAUUUUUUUCAGAUCGAACAAGCGAAUGAGCUGACGGCCAGACCCCAUAUCGUUGUGGCGACUCCCGGACGCUUAUCCGAUCAUAUUGAUAGCGAUCCCGAACAAAUCGCCAAGAUUUUCAAGUUCACAGUAACUAUGUGAAGCUAUAACAACAAUAUUUCUACAGAAAAGUCAAAAUCUUCGUCCUCGACGAGGCGGAUCGAAUGCUCGAGGGACAGUAUAAUGACCAGGUUCUAUCAUUUUGAUAGAACGUUCGAAAUAUGAUUUUUUCAGCUCAAAUCGAUUUUCCAAGCCUUGCCGAAACAAAGACAGACGUUACUUUUCUCGGCGACCAUUACGAAUGCGAUCAAUCAACUGCACAAGGUAAAAUAGAGAAAAAUAAAUGAAUAUUAAAAAAAUAUUCUUGACGAGAUAAGGUUAUUCAAUUUAGACCUUUCCAACUAAAUUUUAAUACUUCAUCCGUUUUUUUGCAGAUUAUUGAAAGUUAGAAAAUAUAAAGAAAAAAAGAAAAAAAGAGUGAAAAUAAAAAAAUUUUUAAAAUGUCAGUGACGAAAUCGUGUAAAAAUAACCAGAGUGACCCCUAUAGGGGUAUCAUUAGGAGCCCAUGAAGAGUCCUCUCUAGGGACCACCUCACUUCCCCUUUAGGUAGCACUUAUUUUUACUCAAGGGAUCACUCUAGGUUAGCAUGAUAAAGUAUUUUCAAUGUCUUUUUUCAGUAUAAAAAAUUAAAGAAUCACUCAAGCUCUAGGAGCUCAGCGGUUAGACUCUGAAACCCUAUAGGGACCUCUUCAAAUUUAUCCUUAAAUUGUGCAGGUUUUUCUUCUUAUAAGGGCUGUUCUCCCCCUAAUUCCUCUAGGGAACACUCUGGCGAUCCUUAGAAUAAGAUAAAAAUUAGGAAUCUCAAGUUUUCGGAGCCAAAAAAAGAUAAAAAGAAGUUUCUGUUAUUCUGGUCUCUAUAAGGGCGACUUUAGGGACUCUAGAAGGUUUCCCUCUAGGGAUCAUAUUGCCUUCUCUCUGAAGCUUGCACAAGGGGCCACUUUAGAGGGGCAGGCUGACGUCUUUUUAACUUUCAAAUCAGGACAAAAAGUUAAAAGAUCACUAUAGGGUUCACUUAAGCUUUCAGGACUUAGGAGUCGCACCCUGAACCUCUAUAAAGAACCCCUAAAUUUUAUUUCUACAUUGGACAAUUUAUUGGGCUAUUGUUUUUCUAACCUCUCUAGGGACCACUCUGCCGAUACAUAUGAUAAAAAAUCAAGAAUUGAAAGUUUUUGAAGCAAAAAAUGAUUAGAAAAAACUUUCGUUUAUUUUUUUUCCUAUUCAAGUUUUGAUAGAAUAUGAAUCCGAAGCUUUAGUUGCCCCUCUAGGGACCACUCUGGCUAUCCUAAGGGCCUUAAUUUAUCCCGUCAAGAUCUUAAGUGCAAAAAUGGAACAUUUUCAUUUUUUCGAAUAAUUCCUCUACUCCAGAUCUCCGUCCAAAAGCCCUACUUUUUCGAAGACAAAGGAGAAGUGGCGACGGUUGAACGCCUGGAACAGAAAUAUGUCGUUUGUCCGGUGGCUGUGAAAGAUGCUUAUUUGGUAGGCAGUAUGAGAAAAAAAAAAUGAUCCCAAAACUGGAGUUUGCAGGUUUACGUCGUCAAAAACUAUUGCGAGAAGAACGAGAAAAGUUCCGUGAUUAUUUUCGCCCAAACUUGUAGGGAAUGUCAGGCGCUCGCUUUCAUGUUCGAUGGGUUAGGAUUUAAGGUUGGUUUUAAGGGAAAAAUGUAUUUAAUAUAUAAGUUUUCCAGGGUCAUAAUAAACUAAGCGAUUUUUUUGAGCUUAAAGUAAAAUUUUUUUCACGUCCUUCUGUAAUGAUUCCGUUGUAUAAAAAUUGAAAAAAAAUGAACUCAAAAAAAUGAAUUUUAAGUUCAAAACAUGGUUUUUCUAUGAGUUUUUCUGUUGAAAAAUGAGCAUCCCUGCUCAAAAAUCUUACAAAAUGCGCCGGUUUUUUUGAGUCUUAAUAAUGAUUUUCAGGAGAAAUUAAUGUAGAAAAAAAUCGCUUCAAAAUUUUUAAUAGAAGUUACCGUAAUCUUUCUUCUGUAACUCCAGAAGUCUCGUGGAAGGCGCUUGAAAAUGAACUUAUUCAGUUCUUUUUUUAUAGGCGGCUAAAAUAAAGGCGGCUAAAAGGGAGAGGCUCAAAAUAAGCCGCAGAAAUGCAGCCAAAAGAAUCCCUUUACCGAGCCUUCCAUUUUUCUGCGAUUUUAAAGUGGUGAAAAAUGGGAGAGGCAGCAGAAAUGGUUCAUAAUAGCACAAUUUCAGGUCGGCUCCCUGCACUCGCAAAUCUCCCAAAAAGCGAGAUUGGCCUCCUUGGCGGCUUUCAGAACGAAAACUUUGAGGGUCAUCAUUUGCACCGACGUUGCCGCGAGAGGAUUGGACAUUCCUCAUGUCAGUGGGAAUAAAAUAAAUAAAAAUUUCAUCAGACUGAAAAAAAAGAGAAAAUUAGUUGAGAAAGUAUAGUAUAUGUAAACUAGGCACCGUGGUGUGAAUCGCAUCGAAAAAAAUUAAUUGAAUUCAUAAAAAAAAUCAUUUUUCCAAGACGGUUAUGAGUUUACAACGUAGGGGGAAGCGAAAAUAAUGAUUUAAACAAUUUUAUUUGGCGCUAAAAAUUACGUAAUGUUGAAAGAAGACAUUACAAGUUAGCUUCUGAAAGAUCUUUCUUGAAAUUUAUUUUGAAACAACUUUAAUUUUUUGUUCUGUUCAAGGUUGGCUUGGAAAAAACCAUCAUAAGGGUGUCUAAACCUCUCUGUUUUGCACACUAUUUUUUUAUCGAAUAUUUUUCUCGAAAACCUGUAUGAAACAGAAACUGAAAAAAACAAGUUUUUUUCAAAAUUCAAGUUUUCGUUUUUUUCAAAAUCUAAUAGCUAUGCAUAUUGUGAACACAUAGAUUGAUAUUUUUAUUAUAUUGCUGGAAAGCUUCUUCUAAAACCCAUUGGAUAUUCAGAUCGACCUCGUCGUCAAUCACAACGUCCCUCAAUGUCCCAAGACGUAUGUUCAUCGAGUUGGAAGGUCUGCAAGAGCUGGACGAUACGGAUCCGCCUUGACCUUUGUCACUCAAUAUGAUGUUGUUCUACUACAAGCUGUUGAGGCCAUGGUCGGCAAGAAGUUGGAGGAGCUCAAGGUGAAGCUCAGAAUAGAAUUUUUAUGGUCUUUUAUAUAGUUUACAAAAGGGUCAUUAUGGAAAAAGGAAGAGUUAAUUCUUCUGAGAAAAUUAAAAAAGAACUAAAGUUAGUGUUUUGAAAGCUUUAUCGAAGGGAAUAGUGCUUGUAAAUACUUGAAAUUUGUUAAUUUUGAAACGAACUAUUCAGGGUUAGAGUAUUAAUCAAUAUCCUUUAUUACAAACAGAAAAAUGAAUAAGUUUGAUCUUAGAUUGAAUAAAGAAAAGAGAAAAGGACAGUUUUGAAGAAAAAAGAGAAAUUAUCAGCUUGAAUCUACGAAAAAAAUUGCCUAUUCUCUGAGAAUAGGAGAGGCUAGGGAAGUUUUUGGAAUAAUUUCGAGCAAUAAUUUCAAAAAAAUUGUUUCUGAAGAAAUUCGAGUGCUGUAUUGUCAUAUUGGUGCUGUACCAAAAUUUCAACCUUUAAAUAAAAAGUUUUCUGACUAAAGAACGUUUUUACCCCCCGGUUUAAAUUUUGCGCUGCAGUGUAUAGCCUAUUCCGCGCGAGCUUGUCAUGUUAUUCUUUCCGCCAAAAAGACCGUAUACCAAAUUAGAUCAAGUUUCUGCUUUUAUAACGGCAAGAAACUAAGGUCUUGAAGCGAAAGUUGGUUAAAUUUGAACUGGCCUUUUGGCGGAAAGAAAAACGUGACAAGCUAGCGCGGAAUGGCCUAUACUUUAGGACCUCCAGAUUUCAGAACAAAAAAACGUUCUUUAGUGGGUGAAAUAUAAGCAAAAAAUAUAUAUAUUAUCGUACAAAAUCUAAAUAAAUUCGCAGAAACGUUCUUUACGGCGUUUUUACUGUUUUACUGGAGUAAUUUGAGGUCAACGACAAGCACGUCACAAAAUACGUGACGAAAGUGUUGGUGGCAAAACGGGAGGCCGAACUGAAGCUGGAGCAGCAGAAAUUCGGCGAGAGAAAGGAGACCAACAAGCGGAAGGACCUUCUAAUGUCAGGAAUGACCGAGGAAGAGGUUUUCGAAAAAAAAAAGUGAAUAUUCUUUCAAAAAAAAAACUUUCCAAGGUCGACAAGUACAUGGACGAGAUGAAAAAUCGACGGCUCACGAAUUCCAAAAGGAAAAUCGAUGCCCUGAAAGGGAAAAUUGAUAAGGUUGAAGAGCGGGAAGCGAAGAAACCCAAGAAAAAAGUAGAAAAAUGA